ACAUGUAAACACACAGAUUAAUAUUUUUUGGUACACUACACGUGCAUUCAAGCAAAUAGCACUCUUCGUGUUUUUGUGCAUGUACGAAACAGAAGAAAAGGAAAAUUAUACUCUCUCCUGCCAGGUCUUGCAUUGCAGCUCUGCUCCAAAUUAGUGUUUACAUAUUUUUUCACCUCGUAUGUUUGUCAACAACAGGAUAUACUCCUCUGCUUUUCCGCUAGUGAUUGCUUUUACCAUAAAUAAUACAAGCUUUCUUGGAAGAAAACAUCAAAUAUUGGAAGGAUUCUAGAAAUUUGGCCACCCAUUGAGCCAGCCAACCUGCAGCAUCUGUACCAAGCGAGGGCAGUAGAUAUAGGAAGUAGACUGCACAGAAGAGGGGGAGAGACGGACAGGCGGAGGGGGACGCGAUUCGUGGAGUGACAGAGCGGCAAACUAGCGGAAGAUGGGUAAACAGAAUAGUAAAUUGAGGCCAGAGAUGCUGACAGAUUUAAGGGAAAACACAGAAUUCAACGAACACGAGCUACAAGAAUGGUAUAAAGGAUUUCUAAAAGACUGUCCCAGUGGACACCUAACCGUUGAGGAAUUUAAGAAGAUUUACGGCAACUUUUUCCCCUACGGCGAUGCCUCGAAGUUCGCCGAGCACGUAUUCCGCACAUUCGACUCGAACAACGACGGAACGAUCGACUUCCGUGAGUUCAUAUGUGCCCUGAGUGUGACGUCACGGGGGAAGCUGGAAGAGAAACUCAAAUGGGCCUUCAGUAUGUACGACUUAGAUGGCAACGGAUAUAUAUCAAGACAGGAAAUGCUAGAAAUCGUUAGGGCAAUUUACAAGAUGGUCGGCACGGUGAUGAAGAUGCCGGAGGACGAGUCGACGCCGGAGAAGAGGACGGACAAGAUCUUCCGACAGAUGGACGAAAACCUAGACGGCAAACUCUCCCUUGGUGAAUUCAUCAAGGGCGCAAAACAGGACCCCUCGAUAGUACGGCUCCUCCAAUGUGACCCAAGCGGGAGCGCGGUCACAAAGUGAGGCCGUGCCCCUAUCCCCCCUUCUGUAAAUAAACAAAGUAUGGUAGCUGAGAGGAGAAGAUGUUAAAAGAAAAAAGAAAUGAGGUUCGAAUUCUGCGAGGAAGGAUUGGGAAUGGAAUGUUUGGUUUGACGUAGGAGGGAGCCCUUUGUUGACUAACUCAUGAUUUAAGAUAUGGUGUAAUAGCCAGUUGGAGGUUAACUUAGGGAACAGGAUGGUUGAACUAACAGAUUGGUGGUUUCGUGGGGGCGAUAGAGUUGAGAGAGGAAGGCCAUUUUCUUUCAUACGAUUCCUUCUCACCAACUUGUGAAAGCCUUUUUAUUGUAAUAUUCCAUCAAGUAAUAUCAUCUGAGAAUGUCUGCUCUACUUGUAAGAACUCAAGUGAUCAGGGGUACGUUUCACAGGGGAACUUUGCCAGUCUGAUAACUUCCAUAACAACCCUGAUUUUGAUUGGCUGAUGCAUCCUGUUGCCAUGGGAAAUUACCAUAAUGGCAAAGUUACUGUUAUGAUAACUCUCUAUAUUAAACAGGUCACAGAGAAUUUUCACAAAAUGUUGCUUGGUAAUUCUCAACCCAAUGUGUUCUUUACCCACUGCAAAAUCUAAUAAAAAAAAACAUGUUACUAUUAAAAUUAAUUAUUGGUUCGAAAGCAAGUAAUGUACGCCCUUUGAUAUGUAUACACUGUAUCAUUGUAUUGAGAUCCCUCCUACUCUAAUUAGAAAUUAAGAUCAAGUAUAAAAUAUAUGCCUAAACAGUAGAUAUUCUGUCAUCAUAUGUAUGUAUCAAUAUGGUAGAAUGGUGUCUUCAAAUUACAAACUAUAAAAUAAUUAUCAAUCAUGUCUAUUAGAGAGGUUUCAACUAAAAUAAGUAGCGAUAUGUCACUUUUUGUAUCAUAAACUCAUAAUUUCCGAUUUGAGGUUUUUAAGUACCUAUUUAGAGAUCUUUGUGGGUAUAUUUUUUUCCAAACGUAUGUUUUUAAUCCUUGCAGUCUAGGUUUUGAAAAUUUCUAAAUAGUGGCUGAUUAUUCAAACUUUUUAUUGAUAACAUGACUAAAGAGAACCAGUGAAUGGUUUUUUGUGUUUGUCUUUUUUACCUGGAGUUUUGCCACAUACUGUAUAUCGUUAGAUAAGGCAGCACAGAUGUAAAUAUAGCUUGUAUAAAAAAAAAGAUGUCAGCUUACAUUCUAUAAUGAAUACUUUUUUAAAUGUGCAUUACCAUCUCUAGUAAUAGAAUGUUGUAAAGUUAAACUUUAUGGGCGAUUCCAUACGUGUCGUACGGGACAUUUUGACAACUAGUUUCCUAGCCGAAUUCUCGGGCAAUAAAAUAUUCUUUUUUGUCAAUGAUAAAGCUAUAGUGGGUUGUCAUGUGAAAAUCUAAUAACCAACACAAAAAAAUUGAUUAUGGGUAAAUUAUUGGUGAAAAUGUUGUGUGUCGUACGGGACGCAGAAAUGUCCCGAACGACACGCAACAUUUUAAGCUCUAAUUCACCUAUGGACAACAUAUUUUUGUUGGUUGUCAGUUUUUUGCAUGUCUACCCAGUUGUACUUUGAUAUUACCACAAAGCAAAUUGGAAGUUCUUCGUUCGUUUGGACAGCAGGUUGAAAAAUGUUGUGAAAAUGGCUGAUUUUUCUAGUAUGGAAUCGCCCUUAUGGGGUUUGUUUUUUUCUUGUUUGUUUUACAUUUUGGGAGAUAGUCCAAGCAAUCAGCUGUGUCAGUCAAUUAUCACUUUCAUUGUCAUUGCCAUCGUCAUUUAAAUAGUUAUCAUCCCUAUCAUCAUGACCAUCAUCGUCGUCGUCAUCAUCAUCAUCGUUGUCAUGGUCUAGUGGUUCAGACUCGUGUCUUUCAAUCAGAGGGGUCGUAAGUUGGAAUCAUAGCAGUGACGUGUUUUCCUUCUGCAAGAAUUUUACCCACAUUGUGCUGCACCCAACCCGGGUGAGAUCAAUGGAUUCUCUGUGAGAAACGGCAGCUUGAGCUGAAGCCAUGGUAAUAAUGACAGUGGACCUUGGAAUAGAUUAUAUCUAGAUAAAGCCUAUUAUUAUCAUCAUCAUCCUCUUCAUCUUCACUAUCUUUAUUGUCAUUGUCAUCAUCAUCACCAUCGUCAUUACAUGUCAUCAUCUUCAUGUAGAUAAUUUUAUUUUCCAUCUAAUAAAACUUUUUUUUAAAGAAAUUGAAUGGACCUGACAAGCCUUAUAUGAGGCUAGCCUCUAGUAUAUGCUGCUGAACACCUGCAUCUACUUUCUUCCUGAAAAGAGACAUACUCUGUUUUUAAUCUUUUUUAAAAUCUCUCUCCUUCGAUUUUUAAAAAUUCAGUAUGGUAAUGCAACAUAUCUUUUGAAGCACAAGUGACAAAAAAGUAGCGUUUUAGAAAGCGACCAAAUUCAAAGAUGACCCGUCUCCAUUUUCUGUAGGUAUUCAGAAGUUGACCAAAUCCAUUUUUAUUGCAAACUUCCAUGGCAUGUUUGACCUUGUCUUGUUAAUAUGUUUGUAUGAUCACGUGAAUGCAGUGAUGGAUUUAAAACCCUCUGACGACAAAGGGCGUGCCUUUUGAGUAGAUCUACACAAGGAAUUUAUUUUUCAAAUGGCUAAUUUGAAAAUUUAUCCAGACAUUUCACAAAUCAUUCCAUGUUCAGCUUUUGUCAAAGCUUUAUUUCUCACCCAACAAACAAGAGCCAGAUGAAUUUUCAAAGGUAGUAUGUCAUUUUGAAAGUUGCGUAGAAGACCAUCCCCAUGUUCACUAAGGAGGUAUAACCCCCCCCCCCCCCCGCCACUCACCGCAGCAAAGAUAAAAAAAAAAAAUCACUUAUUCUGCUGGUAAUUCAAUCAUAAUAAGCCAGUUCACGGUUAGCUCAUGAUCAACUUUUUUCAAAAUGACCUUUGUGAUUUUUCAUUAGGAUAAGCACUAUCAUUUUCAAAUGUAGAUGUUGCGUAAGCUUUACCGGCAGAGUAUUUAAAUUCUAAGAACAAAAGGCAUCGUAUAGACCAGGUGACUAGAAUAGUACAUCAGGGAUAAAGUUUGGAAAUCUGUUUUAUUGUCUGCCUUUGGCACAUUUGACUACUGUUUAGGCUACUGUCAAAUACCAGUGAUUAUGAAGGCGCUAUUUAUUACUCUUCAGCUUGGAUGUGAUAAAAUGAAUAUUCUGAAAGGAAUACAUGAAUAAUCAUCAAAUCACAAAUGCCUAUGUUAGUGAAUUUGAAAGCCACCUUCAUGGUUUAUCUCAAAUGAACUUUUUCUGCUCGUGCCCAGUUUACAACCGUGAACAGGCUUAUUCAAUCCUGGUGGUCGGACUGCAAUGGCCCAAGCUUUCUAUUAAGGCCAAGUGGCAAGUUAUUCAUCAAGGUAUGUAGGAUUUUGUGAUGAUUGUACCGCCGCGAUGUUUUUCAGCUGGAAUGGUAUUCUUGUCUUGCCUGCUGCUGCGCUGGGUCACUCGCAUGGACUGCAUGCUCUUGGGCACCGUGAGGAGUGUAUGGCAAACCUCAUUUUUUGUUGCCUUUUUAGAUCAUCAGUUAUAUCUAUUUCAUACAAAAUUCUGGUAUUGUUGAUGAUACACUCGGACAUAUAUGGUACACCUUUCAGUAAACUGCUCGUCAAAUUAUCCCCAUAUAGUAGGUCAUUUACAAGGUCCGUUUAUACUAGGUCAUUUCCAUCCAUCCAAAAUAAAUAGUCUCACUGGUGAUGUUCAAGUUGAAUGGCUACCAUCUCUAAUAUACCCUUUGACAGUCCAAACUGUGCGCUUGAGAAGAUAACCAUGCACAAAUGUAACUUACAAUAUAUGAUCUGCCAUUGACACAUUCCAAGCAUUCAAGUUUGAUGCCAUUAAUGGUCAUUUAAACACAAUCUGUUUCCUUUUUCAUGUAAACUAUUAUGAUGCGACACAAAGUAGUAAAUAACUGCUCUCGGAACAAUAGCAAAGAAGAUAGAAAUGCUUGCAUUUCAAAAGAUGUCUAGAUUAACGACAGACAAAAGCUCACUUGUGCGCAACUGUAGUUUGAACUUACAGGCCCAUAUUGUCAAAAGAGGUUUCAAUUGUAGCAUGGUACGAAACAAUCGACUAGGCAGUUUUGUGUACAAAAUUAUGCUUGUUCCAUCUUGCACACUAAGAAAAAUCCAAUUACAAAUGUACGCUUUUUACAAAGGGUGCUAGAUUGAGUAAAUUCUUGAAUGAAUGAAUAUGAUAAUAAAAAAUCUGCAUAAACCAGGGUUAUUGUGCCAUGGUCCGAUUGAACUCUCUUAUAAGAAUAUUGGUCAAAGUGAGUAUUUGUUAGGUUAAAAAGUGUUGAUUGUACUCAUCCAUGCAUCGCAUACAUGUAUAGCAAUUAAUGCUGUAAAUUUCCUUCUUUGCAUCAAAUCAAGAGCCCCCCCCCCCCUAUUUUUUAACACCUCUUUAGAUAGAUUUUUAAUAUCAACGGGCCAAGUGCAUCGCUCAGGCUAGAUAUCAAUAUGUUAUGAUUAUGUGUCCUGUUGGAAUUUCUAUUUUAUAUUGUUUGUGUGAAAUCUAGAGAAAUGUGCAAUUUUGUCGGUAUUUCUCCCCCUUAUAUACUGGGAGACGUACUGGAAUAUUCAGGGCCUUUUUGCAUAAAGCGUCACAACUGAUCAUGUGACUGAUUUCUACGAUUGAUUGCAUUGAUUAUUGCGUAUAAUCAGUCGUAAAUAUCACACCCACAUUUAUGUAAAGGGGGCCCUGCUGUUUGUUUUCGAGGAAUGUAUUGUCUAGUCUCCACUUCAGGCAUUUAUGCUGCAUUUUUCUUCUCUCCUUGCUCUUGUAUUUUUUUUAUUCAUUUUUUUAAAUAACAUCAUCUAUGAGAAAUAUGAGUGCCCCAAAAUGGUUGAAGAUACAUUAGAUUGAGGUCUUGAACUGCAGUGAUAUGAAGAAAAAAGCAUUUUUGUUUUAAGAAUUGCAAUAGACCAAUCUUCUUGUUGGAAAAGGUAGACUAUUAAAGCUACAUUCUUGCUUUUAUAGGGUAGGAUUGACCAAUUUUGCCAUUCCCCUUCAGUGAUAUACUUUUUAUAUGAUUCUUUUGACCCUUCAAAUUACAUAAGAAAGAAAAUUAUCUUACAAUUGCACAAACAUGAACAGAACAAGAUAAAAAUUUGUACAAUGUAAAUAUCUUAUGUGUAUAUUUUUUUUCAAUAGCUAUCUUAUUCAUUGUCAAAUUAUAUAGAAACUUUUAAGCAAUGCAAGCUGUCAUUAGAAGAAGACAUUAACUUUUGCUCAAUAAAUGAAGGAGAAUAUUACAAUUGUCACUUGACAUUGGUCUGGCAAGAAAAAAAAGGUAUGGCGUAUGCAUAGGAUUUUUAUACAUGUUGGGUUUUUUUUGUGAUGAAUAUUUUUGAAAUGGAUUUCUGUUUGAUCUUUCUCAAAUAAGUUUAUAUCCAUCUUGGGGAUAUCUUUCUACAGCUUUUAUGUCGUUCAGUGUUUUCUUAAGUGCCAAGUUUUUUCUUGUUAUUUCCAAUUUUUCCUUGUCUUGUCAGUUAAAAAAAAAAAUCAAAAUUCUUUUCAUAUUUUAAAAAGGGGCUGAAGGGAGAUUGAUCUAUAUUAUGGUAGAUAUUUAACCUUAUGAUUUGUAAUUUCUUGUUUAUAUUGUAUUCAACAAAAUAAGGAAUGCAUUUAUUCCAUAUAUGGUUUCCUUUGCCAUUUCAAAUGCUGAUUUUAAAAUACUCAAAUUAUUGAAUUAUAAGGAUAUUGAUUGGCAUCAUUUGCUGAUUAAUGCCAUAAGAUCUUUUCCAAUUUAAAUUAAAUGUUUACAUAAGUACAAAUUCUUGUGAAAAGGGAAGAGCAGGGCCCUGUCUCACAAAGAGUUACGAUUGAUCCAAUCAAUCGUAGCUCUAUGGAAAUCCAUCAGUGUCAUAAUUUUUUUCUGCGAAAAAUUUGCACAAUGUCCUUUGUAUGCAAAGAGAAGCGCAGUAAAAUUUCAAGAAAACAAUGAAUGCAUGAAUAUAUAUCAUAGCUAGAAAAUAUUUUGAACAAACAUGCAUGAUAGAUGUUGACAUUGCUGGCCCUCCAUAGUUGCGAUUGAUCAGAUCAAUCGUAACUCUUUGUCAGACAGGGCCCAGAUAUUCAUCAGAUCACUCGCAACUCUUUGAUGUUCUUGCUUUUGUUUUGUAUUGUUGCUUACUGAACGUGAACUGUUCAUUUACUGGGGAAAAAAUCAUUAUGAAAGUAUUGUUGAGUCGUAAUUUGUAAGGAUGAGUUUAGACUUGAACAAAUGAUUAAGUUGUCUGCUGGCCUGGCAUCUUUUUGUUCUUGGAAUGACCCAAUGGGUGAUUUCAA